UUGAUUUUUUGUUGAGUAAGUGGUUUGUUUGUUGCAGUAUUGCAGUCCUCAGCUUGCCGAUGGAAGAAAAAGGAGAAUAUUUAUUCAUCCAAAAAUUCAACACACCCACCAUCUCCACUUCUCGUGCCUUCCACACUUUAUAACUCACAUGAUCUGUUCUUGCAUGUGAUCUUCUCCUUCCCCUCUUCCUCUAAUCCUCCAUUACUGUUCCUUCUCCCCUCAUCUUAAUUCCCCUCACCUUGUACAGAUGAUGCCACCUGAGCAAGAAACUAGUGCUCCCAUAUGCACCAGUCCGUCUAACAUGAUCAUGCUCGCCAGCCGGCAGCCCGAGAAUAUCUCCAUCCACGCUGAACCCUCAUGUAACGUUAGUCCCUGUCCCGAAGAUCUUCAUCAACCUUCACUCAGUAAUUCUGCACAAUCAAUUACUACCCAACUUAGAUUUUCUGUUCUACGCGAAUCUUUACGCCCUGUUACCCUCAAGUUUGAAGAUGUAGCGUAUGGGAUCGUUCUGCAAUCUUCCGAGGGAGGUUGCUCUGGUUCGCAUGGAUCGAAACAGAGACGAAUGGUACUCAAUGGUGUUAGUGGUGUCGUUCGACCCGGGGAGCUUUUAGCAAUGCUGGGUCCAUCCGGCAGUGGUAAAACCACCCUUCUAACAGCUCUCGCCGGCCGGCUUCCGGGCAAGGUCUCCGGCACCAUUACCUACAAUGGCCAAUCAUUUUCUAGCACCAUGAAGCGCAGAACAGGGUUUGUAACGCAAGACGAUGUAUUGUAUGCCCACUUGACGGUUCUAGAAACCCUGACUUAUGCCGCUCUGUUAAGGCUACCCAAUAAGCUGACCCGGGAAGAGAAGGUGGAGCAGGUGGAAUUGGUUGUAAUGGAGCUGGGAUUAACCAGGUGCAGAAACAGCAUGGUGGGUGGAGCUCUGCUGAGAGGCGUGUCGGGUGGGGAACGUAAACGGGUUAGUAUCGGGCAGGAGAUGUUGGUGAAUCCGAGUUUACUGCUUCUAGACGAGCCCACUUCUGGGCUUGACUCUACCACGGCUCAGCGUAUUGUAGCCACCUUGAAAGGACUGGCGAGAGGAGGCAGGACGGUUGUCACCACAAUCCACCAGCCUUCUAGUAGGCUGUACAGGAUGUUUGACAAGGUGGUGGUGCUGUCAGACGGGUGCCCGAUUUACAGCGGGUGUGGGGGUCGGGUGAUUGAGUAUUUCGGAUCAAUUGGAUAUGCUCCCGGAUUCAAUUUCAUGAACCCUGCCGAUUUCCUGCUUGACCUCGCUAAUGGUAUAACUCCUGAUUUAAGACAGGAUGACCAAGUAGCGGAUCUUCAUGAUAGAUUUGACAAUCUUGAUGACCAAAAUUCAACUAAACAGUCCCUUAUCUCAUCCUACAGGAAGAAUAUAUACCCUGCAUUAAAAGCUGAGAUGAACCAAAAUUUUCCGCACCCAUCACCUGUUUCCACUACAGGAGCCAAUUCAUUUCAAACAAGAUGUUACGAGAAUCAAUGGACAACAAGCUGGUGGCAGCAAUUCAAGGUUUUACUGCAAAGGGGUUUACGAGAGAGGAAACAUGAAUCAUAUUCAGGCCUAAGGAUUUUCCAGGUGCUCUCUGUUGCCAUCUUAUCAGGCCUUCUUUGGUGGCAUACUGAUAUUUCACAUAUACAAGAUCAGGUAGGCCUCCUGUUUUUCUUCUCCAUCUUCUGGGGCUUCUUCCCUCUGUUCAACGCUGUCUUUGCCUUCCCCCAAGAACGACCAAUGCUUAUAAAAGAGCGUGCCUCCGGCAUGUACCGUCUAUCUUCCUACUACUUCGCUCGACUCGCCGGAGACUUGCCGAUGGAACUUGUUCUUCCGACCAUCUUCGUCACCAUAACUUACUGGAUGGGAGGUCUGAAACAUUCCCUGCUCACAUACGUCCUAACCCUUUUCGUCAUCCUCUACAACGUGCUGGUCUCCCAGGGACUGGGCCUGGCUUUAGGGGCGGUUGUGCCGGAUCUAAAACAGGCUACAACUUUAGCCUCUGUUAUAAUGCUUUUGUUUUUAUUAGCAGGUGGGUAUUACAUCCAGCAGAUCCCAGUUUUCAUUGCAUGGUUCAAGUAUAUUUCAUUCAGUCACUACUGUUAUAAGCUUCUGGUAGGGGUGCAAUACUCUGCUCAUGAGGUGUAUGAUUGUGGGAUUGGGAUGCACUGCAAGGUGAUGGAUUAUCCGGCAAUUAAGUAUCUGGGUAUCGAUAAUAAGUGGUGGGAUGUGGCUGCAUUGACCAUAAUGUUGGUGGGUUAUAGAGUGUUGGCUUAUGUAGCUCUCAGGAUGGGACAAUCUCACUGAUAUUAGGUUUAUAUGAUACCAUCAUAUUUACUUUGAAUUUGUUAUAAUUAAGAUCUUGAUGAGAAUUAUUAAAUUACAAUUAUUAAGGCAUUUACGUACAUACAUACAUACAUAUAUAUAUAUAUAUGUUUAGGAUUAUAUAUUUGUGAUGGAAAUUAAGUUUGGUGAAGAAGUUGUAAAAUGUAAGAUGUUGAUUUGAUUCUAAAGAUGAAAUGGGCAGUAGACGUAUGUUUCCCAUUUUCAACGACUUUUGUCAACCGUACAGCUAUUAAUGGAAGAACUGCCCUUCUUUUUCUUUCUCU